GUCUCCUUCAGCUGUAAUGGCUAAAUCCAAAUCGAAGAAGCGCAAUCAAGCAUCUACUCAUGCAUUUCCCGAGAGACCAAGGGACAUUCCUAGGCGCAAUGCUUCUGUCAAAACAUCGAGUGCCUUGACAUCACUGGAGAAUAAUAGCAGCUUUGACUCGAAACAUCACUAUUCUGAUUCAUCAACACCCACCCAGCAUGCCCCGCUGCCAUUACCCUCGCCUUCAUUACUGAGUUGCUCUACUUCAGGCUCUGCAGCCUUUUCUAUGCCUAGCCCAGUGUUUCCGCCACACACGAUGCCUCAAAUGCGGCCAAGAAUUGGAGAAUCGCUGUUCGUAUCUCAACGACCAUUGACGCAAAAUGGAGAUCUACAGGACAUCAUUCAUCCCUCUCCCAGUCCACAGAUUCGGAUAUCAUCCCAGCCUGUUAUGUUACAUCCGAGCCCCACACCAUCAAAAAUGUCAGUGUCUAUAGAUAUUCCACCACUAGCGACAUUAUUACGUAAGAAGGAACCAAAGGAGCAAUCAUCAUCGAUGGCUACAGAACAACCAGCGUCAUCUGUAGCUCCAAAACCUGCAGAUAAAAAAAAGGCGUUAUCUUAUGUAAUGCCAUCUAAUCCGAGUAGCUUAUAUCCACUCAUCCCAAAAGGCGGAAAAGUGCUUCAUUGGCAAAUUGCGCCAGAGGGCUCAGCUUCACCAUGGACUCUAUCUUCACCACAAGCCUCACCAUUAUCAGUAUCACCCUCACUUCAGGCUCUUCCUUCUUCAUAUUCUUCGCCCCAAUCACAAGAGCCACAAGAAUCGCAAGAAUCACGAUCGCCCAGUAUGCCACUGUCAACGUCGCAGCCUACGAUAGAAGACUUGAAAGAGAUGGCAGAGUCGACAGAUACUACUAAAAUGAGUAGAAAGGCUCGUAAACAGCUAUACGCGUCACUCGCUGCAGCAGAUCUUUCGCGACCAACACCAAAAGACAAUUACAACAAAUACUUAUCGAUCCAAUUCGCGAUCACUAUGGUGGGAGAUAUUCCUAUCUUGAAAGAUAACAAGGUGGCAAACAGAGCUGCUGGAGAAGCUAUCUUCCGAGCAAUAGUGCAUGUCUUGAGCCGAGAUUUUGCAUUCAUGACGGCAAAUAUAUUUUUCACAGAGUACAAGAGACUUUUUGGUCGCGGGAAAGGUAGCGACAUUGAGCCGAAUCCACUAGACCAUUAUUCGUUUGCUGAUAUUUUGGAAAUUAGGGUUUUGAAGACGGUCAGAUACUAUCGCCUAAAAUGGAGUUAUUUUGAACAGAUCGCAGAAACCCAUGGUCUUUCAUGCCCAAGAAGCGAAAAAGAAGUUUUUAUCAGUGAUCUUGGGUCAUUGAUACCAAUAUCUCCUCUCAGUCCUAUGAUUGUCCUUGCCGUUACAGAUAAAAAUUAUGCACGCCUGGUUAGCACAUCCGCCCUAUUUGGAGAGCUUACUCCGUCUAUACUUGAUCCAGGUGUUCCUCUACAAGAUUUCCAAAGCUAUCUACCUGUGUGGUACCCUCAUCUUUACCUUUCUGAAAAGCUAUCUGAGCUCAUGGCCACUACUACACCAGUAGAUCAGUCCAUGAUCAAUUUGAACGCGAUAUCACAAGCCAACAUAACGAGACAGAGUUUUUUAACAUUGAUCAAUAUUGCUGCUGGGACAGGAAUGAAUGCUAAAAAGGCCAGGAAAAUGCUUGGUCGCCAUGGCGCGCGUGUUUUAGGACCAACAGAGGCGACACGUCUAGAGAGUCGGACACGUACGAUGAUGGUAAGUCCUGUGGUAUCCACCAUGUGUAAUGAUUCGCUAGGCACAAGCAGGCCUCCUCCAGCCAUAGCCAUAUCCGCAGCUACUAGUAUUCCUUCAUCCCCUGACGGUACUUGGACCUUCACUACUGAAAUGGAUGUGGACCGGCCUUCUGUUCCUCAUAUUGAAGCAGUAAGUGCUAAUACACAAUCCAAACAGCUGCAGAGGUUACUUGUGAACGCCGCACAAGAAUCAACUACAUUGAUACAGGGCAGCCCUCUAGCGAAAGGAAUGUUGACGGAUGAGAAGGAGGAAGCAAAGAUGUCUGAGGUUUGCGCGCAGACUAAUGAACUUACACUGAGGCCAUUACAGGUAUCUCCUGCUUCUGCUGCUACAGAUCCAGAUGGUCCUGGUUACCUCCUUCCUUCAGCCGACUUCUCACUGCCUCGUCCGAUUCUUCCUCAGCUCCCUGGGCGUCCUGCACCAUAUGAGCAAAAGAGACCGUGGGAGCCUCCUAAAGUGCCUCGUGAGACGAUUCUGGCCACUCAGAAGGAGGCGUUGGACAAAAUAAUUGACUACAUCUGGACUCUUUCUAUCCAACCUGAAGAAAGGUCAAGAGCAUAAUGUGAAUGAGUAUAGUAUAUUACAAUAUCUAUAUAAUCGAUACGCGCACGCAGAUGCCAAUGUAAAUAAAAAAAG